UGGAGCUUCCUCUACAAUGUUGUAAUACCUGCAAGUACAAUCAGCAGCGCCUCAGGAGUGAAGUUUAAGCCUUGCCCUGGGCGAGGCCACUACGUCCCUCUCAGCUCCUCCUACAUACCACAGCCGCCCACCUGUUAUUAUCACAGUCCCUUAGGCACUCCUAUACCCUCGGCCACCACCAGUACUAGUGAUAGAACCUAGGGCCACGAAUAUCCUAUCCUGGGCAGUUGAUCAUAGCGGCAGAAAAAAAUUGACCCAGCAGCCACCUGACAUAUGAUUUCUUCAUCAACUUGAAAGGCGUGUAGUUGUGGACCCUUCUACUUAGUUUUUCUUUCGAAACAAAACCGACGGCCAAUCAACCCUUACACUCCCUCCGGCGACAAGGGCGAAUCCCAAUACUCCAGGCACAAGGCCGACUACAACUACUCAUGACUGACAGCGCAGCAGAUCCUUACCAAAACGUCCUAAUGCAAUGUUGCUGGAGCCACACUUUUCCGACAUCUGCCACUAUAGUGGAAAGUGUUCCUGAGUUGUAUCCGAGCAAAUUGCACAAGCUAAACCCCUAUCAUUCAGACAUUGCGGCAUCCUUCACAACUGUGCAUAAAUCAUCGAUGCUUUCCUCUCUUCAGACCACGUCUCGACGGCCAGCACUGAAAUUCACAAUCGGCCCUGCUAGCUCUGCAGACGAUGCUGCGAACCUCGACGUGGAAAGCGCAGGGUGGACGAUUCGACAGCAAAGAGACGAACUAAAGAGGCGGAGUGCAAAGAGCGCAUUGACAGCCCGCCAACAGAUCCUGGACCAGGCAAUCCAAGCCGUUCUAGGUUUGAGGUGAAGCAUAACAUACCGGUAACAUCUCACCUAAGCUCGAGCCUGACGAGUCAGAUUCCCUCCGACCGUGCUUCAACUCCCUUUGACGGCCGGGCCUGCGGCAUGAGCGCCACCUCAUCACACCCGAGGUGUUGCUACAUACGAUCUUCGUCCUCCAGACUAGCACCCGUCCAUCCACACCCAAACUUGCGCUAUCGGUCGAUCAUGACCUGAUUCUGCAGGUCUGCCGAUGACUUCGCGGUGGAAAGCAUCUUCAUGGCUCAUCCUUUCAUGGGACGUCGUUUACCUGUACACCUCCGGCUCUAGCUGAGAAAGAGUCGCAGAGGCUCAGUAGCUGCCUUUUGCGGAGUCUGGCCAACCUACAUGUUUGAUGAUCAGCGCUGUUUCCUAGUCGUUCUCCGCUCUUUCGCCGUUGAGCUUUUCCACACCGGUUACUAUCGAGGAUCUGUACCCCGGAUCCUUGUCUUAAGGAUGAAUAUGAUAUAUCUGUCGGGCUGCAGAGUACCAAGAGAACUGUGAGUUCAGGAUAACCCCCACAUUGCCAUGUCGUGUUCCGAUCAUGCCGGUUGGGCCUGCAACAGAAGAGGCCUACUAGUACGAACAGUGUACUACUCCUCCUCAGUACUAGUAGGGCGUUGACAAUGUUGAGCUUUGCAACCACACCGCUCAUUCACUUUGGGAUGAAUGGUAGGAUUCACACUGCGGUUUGUCGGUUCAGAUCAAUCACAGACCUCGCCAGAGAAUCAAGCUAGCCUUUGCUUGUUGCUGCCGACUUUUCGCCAACAUUUUCACCACUCAGUUGUAUAUCCUAUCACGGGAUCAAUGCUUGACGACGGGGUUGUUGAUUGGUACACGCAAGGGAAAAAAUGGUGUGCUGGGCCACGGUUAACUGUUGCACGGCAGGUAAGUGGUCACACGUCGUUAUCGAUGGGGCUUGGGUACCGCAGAUCACACCUAGAACCAAACCAAUAUGUGGUGGUCUGGAUGUCUACCAGACGGUUCAGUCAUUGGACGAUUUUAUGGCCCUCCCUGGACAUGGCUCCAGUUUCCUUUGUGCUAUGGACUCUGCAUACUGUACUGAGUCGAUGCCAGAGCAGUACGAAGGCAGGGAACCAUGACUCCAAUCCGGGCGAAGCAAUAGUAGCGAAAAUCAGUAUCCAUUGAAUAGGAUCCAAGGCAUACAGCAGCUUCUGUCCCUUUGGCACAGCGUUGCGAAUACCCUCGACGACUUUCUCAUCGCCUACUCUGUAAUCAACGAUAACAUCGCCCUUCGACUUAUCGAUCAGUCCCUCAACAAACGGAAUUCCGCGACCAGCCACAGCAAUAAUAGGGUGAAUAUCCGCUCUGACGAGCAAUUUGACGACAAAUGCGCCCACAGCUCCAGCGGCACCGUACACCACGACGCCUCCGGCCACGGCGUCCUUGCGCGCUUGAGAAACUUUAACCCAAGGCUCCGGCAGACCCAGACGGGCAUAGAGCCCCACGACGGCCGUCAUGGCAGCCAAGGGGAUAGUGGCGCCCUCUUCGAACGACGUCGACUUGGGCAGAUGGAACGUCGUCUUCUCCGGAGCAAUGGCGUACUCUGCAAACGCGCCAUACGGUUUGCCCAUUUCAUGGAACGCCGCGACCCGGUCGCCAGGCUUGAACUCGGUCACGUUGGAUCCCACGGCUUCGACGUACCCGGCCACAUCGUCGCCUGUGUUCAGCCCGUCUCGACCCUUGAAGAAGAUCGGAUACUUCCAGUCCUUGGGGUUGGUGCCGGCCACGACCACUUUGACUAGGACUUGGUCCGGUUCCGGAGAGGGAACGUCGACGUCCUGGAUUCGGACUUCGAAGUCUUUGUCGCCUGUCUUGUACACGUGCGCGGAUUUCAUCUUGGCUGUUAAGACUUAACUGGAAGGAGGAUGAGGGGUCUGUAAUGCCUUUCUUCCCUUUUGAAUAGGCGGAUAGGAUAGUAUAAGGUAUAGUUGCGACCUGUAGGUAAGAUACCUUGGGUUGGCUGGAUUCGAGACUCCUCGGGGCCGAUUGUGUUUGGCUUUCCUAUCCCUCAGCAGAUGGAGUCGUACCUAGGUAGGUGGUUGCGAUCUCUCUCUCUCGAGCGAAGCUGUAUAUAACUUAACCUCAAAAUACCCGGACGCUUUCGGAUAAGAGUCCCUAGACCAGCGAGGUACUACAGUGUACCUCAGAUACAAUAGAUCUUCUGGAGGGUCACAAACAGGGAGCUUCAAGGACUCGGUUCACGAUAUGGAUGGUAAAAUGACCC